UAGAAGUGUUGAAGGGGGAACGAGAACACAUAGAAAGAGGACAACAAAUCAGGAGGGAGAAGGAGGAAAGACGGCUGGAGAUGGAAAGAAAACAGGAGAGGGCAAGACAACAAGAGGAGCAGGAUAGAAAACGAGAGAUUGAAAUCGCUAGACAGAAAGAAAUGUUGAGACUAAGAGAGGAGGAGAGGCAGAGAGAGGAUGAGAGAGAGGAGGAGAGAAAGAAAGCCAUUAAAUGCCAUUUAUCUUUAAUUAGAGAGAGACAAAAAAUAAUACAGGCACAAAAAAGAGAGGAGAUGGUGGAAGAGGAAAGAAGGGAGAUCCUUGAGUACAAGAGGGGUGACUUAGAGGAGGAGAAGGAAGAUGACAAGGAGGACAUUCUCCCACCUGAUAAAAGUAUCAGAAGGAGAGCCGUGGGCUGGGUAAACAAGAAGUGGGAGAAGAGGAACCUCAAAAAGAUCGAGAGAACCUGUCAGAGAGAAGCUGAGGAGGGCGAUAAGAUCGUCCACAUAGUCAUCCCUGGACCCAUAAGGCUAACCAUGACCCGGGCAGAGAGAGAGAGGGAGAAGAGGAAGGAGCUGCUGAAGGCUGAGGAGAGAAGGAAGAAGAUGGAGGAUUUCAAUAAGCAGUGGAGAGAGCGGUCCCUGCUUAAAAAACACACUCAUCAACAACUGAAGGAGGAGAGGGAGAGGAUGAAGGAAAAGUACCUGGAGCAGAUUAAUCUGGAGGCUGAUGAGCAAAUCCAGAAGUUCAGCACCCAGUACAUCACCCGGUGUCCAACCACCCAACACAGCCACGACUUCAACCAAGGUCAGGAAUUGCCGGGGUGGGCGACAGGCCAACAAGUAAGCCAAGAGCCUGUUGCAUCUGGAGAUGGCCAGCAGGAGGGGCCAAGGAGGCAACAGGCAUGGGCAGAGAACCAGGAGGGGAGUUCAGAGAACCAGCAGGAGGGGCCAGAGAACCAUCAGGGGGGGCCAGACAGCCAGCAGCUAGAAGCUCCAGAAGAGGCUGACACAUCAGAGCCAAUCUCCAACACAAAGACAAAGAAAAAGCCAAGCAUCUGGAAGAAAAUUAGGAUGAGCCUUCCUGAUGUGCUGUCUGCCUAGAGCUGGAACUCAAUGAAGCCACAGUUCCACUGAGGUUACGUUGGUAAUUAAAAGUGUCGCCCAAUAAUUCCUCCUCCUCUGUAAGUCAUCGAGCCACAUUUCCUCCUCAAAACAUUAUAUUCUCCUCAAGCCAGCAAGUAUCCUCUUUAUCAGGCAACAAACCAUGGAAGGUCAGUGACCCUCCUCCCAAGAACAGAGACUCUCAUCUGUAUCCUAGUUAAAUUCAUCUCUGCUUACCACCUCUACAGUCCUAGAAAAUAUCCCAAAAAUGGAAAUGGUUUCAACAGAAGUCCUCCCCUCAGACCAGUGGCUCCACAGACCAGAGUUUCUCAUCUUUAUUCUAGUUGAAUGCAACUCUGAUCAUUUCCACCACCUCUCCUGU